UAAUAUCGCCGUUCAUGCGGUAGGAAAAGAAGUUUAUUGUCGGGUCAAAGGGUAAUAACAAUAAGCUUCACCUUUAGAGCUUUUGAGGAAUCGCCUUUCCUUCAUUGCUUGGUGAAAGAGUAAAAGUGGUUUAACUGGAGUGUACAAAAGAAUUGGGUCAUGUAGAGUCAUCAUCAAUAUUUUUCUAUCUUAUGUUCUUUUCUUCACAAUCAAAUCGAUUUUUUUUGUCCGUAAAUACGGCAAUCGAUACAUAAGUUGGGCAGAGGACAGACCACUUUUUUUAUGGUGAAUUGUAAUAGAAGUACAAAGGAUUGUAAAGUGAUUUAGUGGCUGUAAAAUGGCCAAUCGUCCAGUCAGUGCAAUGUCAAGGCAUGAGUCUGAUCUGGUGAACAAAAGCCGAAGGGCCCUUAUGGAUGGGCGCGAGAAGGAUACUCUGGAGAAGCUGAGACUCAUGUGCCUUGCUCGUGGAGCCACGGGAAUUCUUGGGCUUGGCCGGACAUUCAGAAGGAUGGACGAUGAUGGGAAUAAAGCCCUGAACAGGGAAGAGUUUUUCAAAGGGAUAAAAGAUACAGGAUUGGAUAUUGAGGAUAAUGAUGGGGAUGAUUUAUUUCACAAAUUCGACACCGAUGGAAAUGGAUCAAUCAACAUGACAGAAUUUCUUGUUGCCUUGAGGCCCCCCAUGUCAGAAGGCAGAACCAAUAUAAUCGAGCAAGCAUUUAAGAAACUCGAUAAAACCGGCGAUGGAGUCAUAACAAUUGAUGACCUGAAGAAUGUUUAUUCUGUGAAAGCUCACCCAAGGUACAUAAGUGGUGAGGAGACGGAAGAGACUAUCAUGAAGAAGUUCCUGGCCAAUUUCGAAGUGGGUGGUUUGGUAGAUGGAAAGGUGACUCGAGAAGAAUUCUUCAAUUACUAUUCCUCGAUAUCAGCCUCAGUGGACAAUGAUGCGUAUUUUGACCUAAUGAUGAGACAAGCCUACAAACUAUAACUUGAGUCUCUGACGAUAAAAGUAACCAAAGGAAAUUCUUCUGAAGAUGUCUCUUACACUAAACUGCCUUUAUUAAUGUUAUAUUUCUAAUUAGUAAUCGUACUUGCAAAUCAAUUACAAAUUGGAUCAAAAUAAAAGCCAUACAGAGAAAUCGAAAAAA